AUGUCUCCGUCAUUAUAUAGGAAUCGAAAUGCAGCCGGUUGGAAAGACUUUCGUAAGUUUUCGGGGCUAGAACAAAUUCAAAAGGCAUACGCUUCUGGGGAUUACGCUACCGCGAUCGAGAUUUUAAACUCAUUAUUGAAUGUUGGCCAAAAUUCUAACGGUGAACCUGGAGUUUCACACGAACACGUUCUCUUAGCCCGAGCAAUGUGUUUUCAACAGCUUCGUGAAUUUGAACAUGUUCUCGCUGAUACUGUGGAGGUUGUCAGGACAGUCAGUCUACAAAAUAAUUCUUCUCAAUCAAACGGAUCUUUAAACGGAUAUAGUGACAGUUAUCAAUCUAUUGACCAAUACAUUUGUUGUUUAUUGACGCUUUGGCUUCGAAGUCUAGCAUUCGAAGCUCUCGAAAAAUGGGAGCAGGCUAAAAAUGAUCUUGAAUUAUUAAAGACAUUAAUCCUUGGAAAAUCCGUAAAGAGCAUUGUGUCUGGUUCAGAUGGUGUCCUUUCUUCACUUAUACCUAGUAUGGAUCCAUUGAUCGUUUUAUCAAAAUCUUCUCUUCCUACUAUUAAUAUGCACUGUGUCGUCGACCGCCUUCGUCGAAUCUCUGAUUUAGUUGCGAAAGAAAAUUCGCGUCGUAAUAGUGCAACCGAGGCGUUCCGCUUGAUUGAUGAUGACUCGAGUGCUUAUAGUGACUUAGCAAAAAAAUUUCAUUAUCGUCUUCUUCUUAGGCGACCAUUACAUCCAUAUAUUCAUUUAAAUAUGUGGUAUACAAUGGAUCUUAUGUUUGUUAGCGAGAUGGGUUUAUUCAAAAGGGAGGAUAUGUACGGUGUGGAAGGUUAUUCUCUGGGAAUCAAGAUGUUGGAAAUUGGAAACGAUGGUGUAAUUGACGAAUUUGAAGUCCAAGUCAGACCAAUGAGUCCUGAGGCUUGUGAAUGGAGCGGCUUGACUUCCACCGAUUGGGCUGGAGUGCAAAGUGGCGGUAAAGGUGGAUUGGAAUUUCGUAUUGUUCCCACCAAUUCUCAUUCCAAUGCUUCUGAAAAUGGAUCUGAUGCAAAUGAUGUGCCUAUAUCUAAAGGCAGAAAUAAAAAGAAUAAGUUAUAUUCUAAUAAUAUCCAAAGGUUCUUAUAUGUAUAUCCAAUAAUGAAGAUUUUAUCUAAUAAUAAUAAUAGCAACCACCAUUAUGAUGACGAUAGUAAUAGCAUGUUCAUCAAUGAAACAAAAACAGUUAAUGGAAAUUAUCACGUGAAUGAGCAUCUACUUGUUCCUUUGGCCAUUGGCCCAAUUGAUUUGGUGGAUUGUCAUUCGCACUCUGAUUCUUGUGCUCAUCAUCAUACGGCUAGUGGCAUCUCUUGUAUUUCGGCAGAAUCUCAAACUGUCGUUUCAACGAAUGAUCCUAAAUUACAAAUUUCUUCAUCUUUGCGGAGCUCUUCUCAUUCUUGGUCGUCUUCGCCACAAUGUCCACCUCCAUCCUCUAUGAAAACAAAAUGUCUUUGGAGUACUGAUGAAUACAUUAUUCAUAGUUAUCGAGCAUUUUUCCUCCCAAAUGGCAAACAUUUGAUUAUUAAAGAAUUGUGGGAUGUUGGCAUUCCUGGAAAAGUUUGGGAUUCUGCGUUCGUAAUGGUUAAAAUGAUUAGGGACAUGAUUCUUAAAGACCUAAAAUUGCUUUAUGGUAAAAGAAUUUUGGAUUUAUCAACAGGGACUGGUUUUGUCGGCCUUUAUUUGGCUGCUUUUAUGGCCAGUAUGACUAGUUUGAAAAAGAUAGGAAUAAAGCGUGGUGUAAAGACACAUGUUAUCUUGACCGACUUGGAUCAUGCAUUAAACCUUAUCCGUGACAACUAUUCCUUGAAUAAUCAUGUCUUGGGAGUAAUGAACAGUGUAUCGAUUGAAAUUGGAUCUUUGAAAUGGGGUGAUACGUCGAAAGCCGAGCAGUUAGAUGCUAUUGAUUAUGUAUUUGCUUCUGACGUUGUUUACGAACCCGAUUUAUUCGACUCCUUAAUACAAACGUUAGUUACUGUUUGUACUCCCGGACGCACAAAGAUAUUCCUCGGCUAUAAAAGACGAGGAUUGACUAAGGAAGAGGAGACGUGUUUUUUUAGUAAACUGCAGUCCAGGUUUAGAAUGUCUUUACUUCCGGAUCUGGAAAAUGUUGCGGACGAAGGUCAAAUAUAUGUCUACGAAUUGUGCAGAUGA